AUGGGCACCCGGAAGGGGGAGAGCCCAAUUCGGCGCAACCACCUGGUUUACCUAGUGGAGAAUUCCCAGUGCAGACUUUGCCAAGAAAACUGGCUCCUUCAUGAGGAUAAAUGCUACUGGACCUCCAAAGAAAAACAAAACUGGAACCAGAGUCGGCAGGACUGCACAGAAAGACACUCUCAAAUUGUGGUGAUAGAGGGACAAAAGGAACUGGACUUCAUACAGAGUAUUACCAAUGGAGCACAGUUACUGUGGAUUGGACUAACCACCACUUCCCCAGCAGGAAAAUGGACCUGGAUAGAUGGUUCCUCAUUAAAUAGCACACUGUUGCAAGUGACGGGUACCAUUCAAGCAAAAAGCUGUGGGAUGCUGAAAGGAAACAGAGUGGUUUCUGAAGCUUGUAGCGCUGUCACCAAAUGGAUCUGUGAGACGGAAGCACUUCUGGUGUAAAUAGUACAGAAAUAAGCUGUGAGG